GCGCUUACCAGUUACAACUGCUGUUACACGUUUCUUUCUCGUCAGCCUGUGAAGCGGCGAUGAGUAGCAGAAAAGGGCAAAGUAAAGGUGGGAAAUCGUCAUCAGCUGCUAGCUCGUCACACCAGCAAGGACGAGGCAAGAGCUCCAAGGAACAGAAAACGAAACAGAAAUCACAGGAGGAUGUAGCACGUAGAAAGCAGGUGAAUCGAGCUGCGACAAAGAAGCUAGACAAGCCAUUCAAACCUUACAUAAGUGCAGAAGAUGUAUCACAUGGACUGAAACGACAACAAUUAAUCAAAUCAACCAUUCGAAUCAACAAGAAGAACUUUGAGCAGUCAUAUGUGAUGGAUCCUGGUGGUGGAACCGAUAUCUUCAUUCCUUCUCUUCAUGCAAGGAAUCGAGCACUUGAAGGUGACCUGGUGGUUGUCAGGCUGUUGUCAUCUGUACCACCGGCAUCAGGAGAGAUGGUGGCUGCUGCUGCAGCUGCAAUGGGACAUCUUGAUGUUUCUGAAAGCGGUGAGAGUUCUAGUGGUGUGGAGGAAUCUGGAGUUACUGACGUAGAAGGAGCAGAACAAGGGGAUAUGGUUGAUGGCAAGGGAGUGGUUGCCCAGAGGAUUGGAGAGGUUGUAUUCAUUAUGGAAAAGAAACACACACGUGCUGCAACUGGAAACAUUAAAGCAUAUGAUAAAGCAGAUCAGACGGCCAUCUUUGCACCAUCUGAUCAUCGGCUACCUCGUAUUCUGUUUCCCUUGUCAGAAUGUCCCGAAGGAUUCUUGAAAAGACCAGGUGACUACAGUAACACAUUGUUUGUAGCAAGAAUAACAGGAUGGCCAGCAGACUCUCCAUUUGCUCAUGGCCAUAUGGCGCGAAGCCUUGGCGAAGCAGGCGAAAUUGAACCAGAAACAGAAGGAUUUCUUGUAGAACACGGCAUUGACAGUGAAGACUUCUCUCUUGAGGUGCUUGAUUGUCUUCCUAAGAAUCUGCCUUGGACAAUACCAGAGGAUGAAUAUGGUCGACGUCGUGACUUACGGUCAAAUUGUGUCUUUACUAUUGAUCCUGCAACUGCACGGGAUCUUGAUGACGCUUUACAUUGCAAGCGACUUUCUAGUGGAUUGUUUGAAGUUGGUGUUCACAUAGCAGAUGUUAGCUACUUUUUGCGUCCUCACACUGCUCUUGAUCGGACGGCAAGGCAGAGAGCAACCAGUGUGUAUCUAGUACAGAAGGUGAUUCCUAUGCUGCCACGUUUAUUGUGUGAAGAGUUGUGUAGUUUGAAUCCUAAUAAGGAUCGUUUGACAUUUUCUGUCAUUUGGAUUAUUGACAGUAAGGGCACGGUUCAUGAGGAAUGGUUUGGUAGAUCUAUUAUUCGUUCAUGUGCAAAGAUGGCAUAUGCUCAUGCUCAACUAAUGAUUGAAGAUGCCGAAAGACAGUGGUCUGAAGAUGAGAAGUUUGAGAUAUUUGGUGGACACACUAUUGAGGCAAUCUCUCGCUGUGUUCGAGACAUGCAAAAGAUUGCUCUAAAUCUCCGGCGGAAACGGUUCAGUGAGGGUGCUCUCCGAAUUGACCAGCCAAAGCUGAGCUUUUCUUUGGACCAAGAUUCUGGACUUCCCAAUGGCUGUGGAGUUUAUCAGUUGAAAGACAGUAACAGAUUGAUUGAGGAGUUUAUGCUUUUGGCUAACAUGGCAGUAGCACGUCAAAUAUAUAAUUUCUUUCCUGAUUGCUCGUUGCUGCGUCGUCAUCCAGCACCACAUUCCAACAAGUUGGAUGAGCUGGUUAGACUCUGUGCUGCUUUUGGUAUUAAGUUGGAUGCUGGCAGCUCAGGAUCACUGCAUGCCUGUCUCCACAACCGUUCCAGUGAAGAUGACAGUCUUAUGAAAGCUCUUGUUCUUUCAUCAUUACUAUCCCGAUCUAUGAAGGUGGCAAGAUAUUUCUGUACUGGUUGUCUGGAAGAUGUUAAAGCAUACAGGCAUUACGCAUUGAGUGUUCCACUGUAUACUCAUUUCACAUCACCAAUUCGUCGGUAUGCAGAUGUCAUUGUACAUCGGCUGUUGGCAGCAUCACUUGGUAUUGAUGAGAGAUUCACCGAGGCUGCCGAUGUGGUGGAGGAUAUUGCAGAAAAGUGUAACGAAAAGCGAAUGGCUGCCAAGCGUGUUCAGGAACUGAGUAGUGAGAUGUUCUUUGCUAUUUUUGUGCGGGAGUGUGGCCCUCUAUUCGAAGCUGGCAUAGUGGUAAAUGUGUUGGACAAGUCAUUUGAUGUUUUGGUACUGAAGUUUGGUAUCGUAUCGAGAAUCUACUGUGAGCAACUACCUCUGAAGUCUUGGAAAUGUGAAAUGGAUGGCAUAAAGCCUAGUUUGAAGAUUGUUUGGAAGGCACCUGAAGUAAAAGCUGCUGAUCGAGAAAUAAUGGUUUCCAAUCAGACUUUGACUCUUUUUACGCCUGUCAAUGUGAAACUUUUUCAUAAAGGAGAAUGUCUAAAAUUUUCGGCUCUGAUUAUCCAGCCGUGUUUGGAACAACAGGGCAAUUUCAUUGAUUGACAUAACUCUCUCACUUGUGCCACAAGAAAGCAGCAUUUUUCUUCAUAUGGCGGUGUAGUGCCCAAAUUGAAUAUUGUAAAUCUACAUACAUGUAUUUAUGUGAGGUGCGUAAACAGCAUUGUAUUGGACGUGUGAAUUUUAUAGAGGAUAGAUAGUAUCGUUGCAGAUAGUCUGACUGGUUUGUCAUGCAUGGGUGACGUUUAUAUUUUUGUAUUAUGUGAUUAUGUGAACAUGUUAAUUGCAAUAUGAUUAAUGAUGUCUGUUUACU